AUGGGUAAAGACAAGCAUCAUGAACAAGACAAAGGAUUCUUCUCACAUCAUAAUAAUCAUUAUCCACCGGGCCAUGGAUAUCCACCGGGUCAAUAUCCUCCGCCACCGCCGGGAGCUUAUCCUCCGCAGCAUGGUUAUCCACCACAAGGCUAUCCUCCUCCACCUCACGGCUAUCCACCAGCCGCUUAUCCACCUCCUCCCGGCGCUUAUCCUCCCGCUGGUUAUCCCGGUCCAUCCGGUGCUCACCAUCCAGGAGGAGUUGGGGGAUUGAUAGCAGGAGCGGCAACAGCGGCCGCGGCAGCAAUGGGAGGUCACCACAUGGCUCAUGGACAUGGUGGUGGUUACGGGCACCAUCACGGUGGUAAGUACAAAAGAGGAUUUUUUGGCGGAGGAAAGUACAAGCGAGGCAAGCAUAGUAUGUUCGGAGGAGGAAAGUAUAAGCGUGGCAAGCAUGGCAUGUUUGGUGGCAAACGAGGGAAGCAUGGCAUGUUUGGUCGAAGAAAAUGGAAAUGA